AUGGCCUCUCGUGUACCAUCUUACAUUCGCACCACCGCCAAAGCAGCGUCUGCCAUCAGACGUGUUCCCAUCACCAACACCGUUCAGAAUGCCUCCUCCCUGAAGCUCCGGCCCAUUCAUAUCCCUACGGAGAACCAGGGUCCGCUGGGCCAUCGGCCAGCAUGGGGCACCGGUGCUGAGGUGCCUCAGACGGUCGUACCUGUAGUUGGGGGUGGUAGUGCUGCUGAAGAUGUCGUUGGGCAUCAAAUACCACAGCAGCAACCACAGAGAGCGCUUGAUAGGCUACCAAACAGGGAUCUCCUCCGCAGCAUCGCCAUCCAGAGUGCCAUGUCCCGUCCCUUUCUUAUGGAUAUUGCCUCUAGUCUUCUUAAAUCGAAUCUCAAGGUUAUUACGGGCAACCCGGUUUUGAGCUACCUUCUUGACAACAUCUUCUAUGCCCAGUUCUGUGCUGGUCGUAACGAGUCUGAGGUCAGACAGACCGUCUCAGGUCUCAAGGCCAUGGGAUAUCGGGGUGCAAUCCUCUCUUACGCUAAGGAGGUCGACACCCACCAUAAUACCGACCAGACCGGCACCCCAGCCGAGAUGGAGGCCCUUCACCACACACAGGUCGCUCAGUGGCUUGACGGCACCCUCAAGACCAUCCAGUACUCCAGCUCCGGUGACCUGAUUGCUAUCAAGUACUCUGGCGCAGGACAGGGGGCUGUUCAACUGCUGGAGCAGGGGGCAGACGUCGACCCCGUUCUCGCUGACGCUCUUGAGCAGAUCUGCAUCCAGGCCAAGCAGAAUAAUGUCAGGGUCUGUGUCGAUGCGGAGCACUACUCUCAGAAGAAGAGCAUCGACGCCUGGACGAUGAAUCUCAUGCAGAGAUACAACAAGGACGGCGAGACCGUCAUCUACAACACAUAUCAAAUGUACCUCAAGGAUUCUCCAGCUACCCUAGCCAUGCAUCUGCAGCGAGCCAAGGAAGAAGGAUUCACCCUCGGUGUGAAGCUUGUUCGAGGCGCAUACAUCAACUCUGACCCUCGCCAUGUCAUCUUUGACACCAAGGAGCAGACCGACAACGCCUUUGAUGAGGCCGCUCAUAUGCUGGCCACCCAGCACGUUGAAGACCACUCCGCUCCCAAGAUCAGCAUGGUCCUCGCCAGCCACAACAAAGAGAGUACCAGCAAGAUCCGCGCUCUACGCCAGGAGCAGAUCCGCCAUGGCCUCCCUCUUGCUGAUGUCGUCUACUCCCAGCUCAUGGGAAUGGCUGAUGAACUUUCAAUGAGCAUCACUCAAUCCACUAGUGAGGUCGAUGAGGACGCCCAGGUGUACAAGUACGUCGUCUGGGGUUCUACUGAGGAGUGUGUGAUGUACCUUCUUCGUCGCGCAGAGGAGAACCGCGAUGCGAUCGAUCGCUCAACAGCCAGCCAGUCUGCCCUCUGGCAGGAACUUCGAAGCAGGCUCGCCCUCUAA